GAGACGAAUAAGAAUGUAUUCCCAGCGAAACGUCAAACUGGGGCUUCUUCUUUGGUCCAUCAUCGGACUCACCAUACCCAACUAACCACCAUCUCAAUAUCUUCGACUUUAAGCUUCUUCAAACUACCAUCUCCUUUUCUCUCUUCUCUCGUGCUCAAUUCUUGGAAAGAAGAGCGAGAUGGGGGUUGCGGCAAUGGGGGCGGAUCUACUGAGCGAGAAGGCUGCCAUGAUGAGAGAGUCUCUUCAGAAGAGCCAGACCAUAACCGAUAAAGUGGUCACCAUACUUGGCUCCUUCGAUCACCGUCUCUCAGCCCUCGAGACCGCUAUGCGCCCUACUCAGAUUAGAACUCAUUCUAUUCGGAAAGCCCACGAGAAUAUCGAUAAGACUCUAAAGUCUGCAGAAGUUAUAUUGGCACAAUUUGAUCUUGCUCGUCAGGCAGAGGCGAAAAUACUCAGGGGGCCACAUGAGGACUUGGAAAGUUAUCUAGAAGCUAUCGAUCAGCUAAGAAAAAAUAUCCAUUUCUUUAGUAGCAGCAAAGGCUUUAAGAGUACUGAAGGGGUUCUCAACCAUGCAAAUGGUUUACUGACAAAGGCUAUUUCAAAGCUCGAAGACGAAUUUAAGCAGCAGUUAACAUCUUACAGCAAACCUGUGGAACCUGAACGACUGUUUGAUUGUCUUCCAAACUCACUGCGACCUUCAGGAUCUCCUGGGAAGCAUGGUGAUUCUAGUGGAAAUCACCACCCCCAUAACCAUUCAGAACAUCCAAACCCUGACUUGGAAACUGCUGUAUAUACGCCUCCUACUCUUAUUCCACCAAGGGUUUUGCCUUUGCUACAUGAUUUAGCUGUGCAGAUGGUUCAAGCUGGUCAGCGACAGCAAUUGGUGAAAAUUUAUAGGGAUUCCCGCUCUUCGGUUUUGGAAGAAAGUCUUCGCAAAUUGGGAGUUGAGAAACUUAGCAAGGAAGAUGUUCAAAAGAUGCAAUGGGAAGUUUUGGAGGCUAAAAUUGGGAACUGGAUUCAUUACAUGCGCAUAGCUGUGAAAUUGCUCUUUGCUGGGGAGAGGAAAGUUUGUGAUCAGCUAUUUGAUGGCUUUGAUUCUCUAAGUGACCAAUGUUUUUCUGAAGUCACUAUUGGUAGUGUUUUGAUGCUUCUUAGUUUUGGUGAGGCAAUUGCUAGAAGCAAGAGAUCUCCAGAAAAGUUGUUUGUUCUUUUAGACAUGUAUGAAAUAAUGAGAGAGCUUCAUUCAGAGAUUGAGACAAUUUUCAAAGGAAAAGCUUGUGCUGAAAUUAGAGAAUCAGCAUCAAGUUUGACAAAACGGUUGGCCCAGACAGCUCAAGAGACAUUUGGUGAUUUUGAAGUAGCAGUUGAAAAGGAUGCGACCAAAACUGCUGUAUUAGAUGGAACUGUUCAUCCCUUGACAAGCUAUGUGAUCAACUAUGUGAAGUUUUUAUUUGAUUACCAGUCAACCUUAAAGCAACUUUUCCAAGAAUUUGAAAAUGGAGGUGAAUCUGGUUCGCAGUUAGCCUCAGUAACAAUGCAAAUAAUGCAGGCCCUUCAGACUAAUUUGGAUGGGAAGUCUAAACAGUACAAGGAUCUUUCUUUAACUCACCUAUUUCUUAUGAACAAUAUCCACUACAUGGUCAGAUCUGUGCGCAGAUCUGAAGCCAAAGAUUUGUUAGGAGAUGAUUGGGUGCAAAGGCACCGGAGGAUUGUGCAGCAGCAUGCAAAUCAAUACAAAAGGAUUUGUUGGGGAAAGAUUCUGCAAUGUCUCACUAUUCAAGGUCUGACCUCAUCCGGUGGUGGUAGCUCAGUUGGGGGUGAUGGAGGAAACAGUAGCGGUGUUUCAAGAGCAUUGGUUAAAGACAGGUUCAAGAUAUUCAAUAUGCAAUUUGAGGAACUUCAUCAAAAACAAUCUCAGUGGACAGUGCCUGACACUGAGCUACGUGAGUCACUGAGGCUUGCAGUAGCUGAAGUACUAUUGCCUGCCUACAGGUCUUUCGUAAAACGAUUCGGGCCUUUGGUUGAGAAUGGGAAGAACCCCCAGAAGUACAUAAGAUUCUCAGCAGAGGAUCUUGAGCGAAUGUUAGGUGAAUUCUUCGAGGGAAAAACUUUGAAUGAACCGAAGAGGUAGAUGGAGGUCUAGUUGGUGAGGCAACGCACUGACAGUGGACACCGACCUCCCUGAAUGGCGCAUGCUUCAUCUUUUAUUCUGAGAGUUUUUUUUUUCGCAUUAUUCCUUGGGUGGUAUUUUAUCAUGAUAAGGUUGCGGUAUUCCAAGAUUCAUCUAUCUAUUGGUUGCUGAGAAGGGCUUGUGUUAAGACAAGUACAGGUAGGUGAUGGUUUACUGCUCUGCCGAUCACAAAUAAAAAGGGGUCUGUUCUUUCACAGAAUGCUAUUGUAGUUCCUCCCUCUGGUGCGUGGCUAUUGUUCAGAUCAAGUGUAUAUCUGUAUUAAUUAGUGUAAGCAGGUGGUUUUGUAUAUUAUUUUUUGUUGGGUUUAAAGUUUCAUGAAUACUUGUAGUAGUGAUAGAUGUUAUAUCAAAAUCUUGCUCGGGUGCCAUUGAUUUGUUUGACAAGUGGACGGUAGAUAUUUAUUUUAUAGCUUUUUGAGUCAUAAAUAAUAAUAGAAAUGGAGAAUGGAGAGAGGGAGGAGUGUUGUUUGUAAAGAAACUCCAUACAAAGGUUUUGCAUUAUUGUUGUUUGUUUUCUUGUCUUUUUUGUAUACAAAUAAACCUUCGUUCCUAUGUUA